AUGGAAGGUUCAAACAAUCCUACUCAGGAAGGUGAAGAACCCGAGAGUGGUGAAGUUGAAGAACCAAAGCAGGGGAUGUGUUUUACUUCAAAGCAAGAAGUGUAUGCAUUUUAUGCAAAAUAUGCGAAGCACUUUGGAUUUGCUAUAGCUUAUGGAACACAAAAUUAUGAUAAUGAUGGGGAACUAAAAUAUUUUGGAAUUGAAUGUACUCGAGCAAGGAUGAGAAGAAAAAGAUCGGAAGUAAACCCGCUAGAACCAUCUUUGUCAUCUAAAAAUGAUUGUAAAGCAAAAGUAAGAGGGAGUCUACAAAAGGAUGGAACAUUUAAGUUGACAACCGUUGUGCUGGAGCAUACUCACGACUUGGUUCCUAGUGACUCACGGCAUUUUGCAAUGAAUAAGAGAAUUCUAACUCCUGUGAAAAGAAGAUUAGAAAUAAAUGAUGAGGCAGGGAUAGGAGUGGCUAGGAAUUUUCAUUCUAUGGUUGUUGAAGCGGGGGGAUUUGAGGCAUUAACAUUUGACGAACGAGAUGCCAGGAAUCACAUUGACAAGGCUAGAAGAUUGAGGCUUGGAGUAGGAGAUGCCGAAUCAGUUGCGUUUUAUUUUCAUAGGAUGCAACAACAAAAUUCGAACUUCUACUCUGAAAUGGACUUUGAUGGAGAAGGACGCUUGCGGAACUUAUUUUGGGCAGAUGCAAGGAGUAGGGCAGCUUAUAAAGCAUUUGGAGAUGUUGUCACAUUUGACACAACCUAUCUGACAAACAAAUAUGACAUGCCGUUUGCUCCAUUUGUAGGAGUUAAUCACCAUGGGCAGUCAAUUUUGUUUGGUUGUGGGUUGUUAUGUAAUGAGAACACUGAGACAUUUGUAUGGCUAUUCAGAGCUUGGUUAAGUUGCAUGUCAGACACUCCUCCGAAUGCUAUAAUAACUGACCAGUGCAAAGCUAUGCAAAAUGCCAUACAAAUUGUCUUCCCACAAGCUCGACAUCGUUGGUGUUUAUGGCAUAUACUGAAGAAAAUUCCGGAAAAAUUGAGAGCCUGUUCGCAAUAUGAAUCCAUAAAGUUUGCUUUGCAAAAGGCAGUUUAUGAGUCUUUCACAAAAAAUGAAUUUGAUGAAGAAUGGCAAGCAAUGAUUGCAAAGUUUGGUCUACAUGAUAACGAUUGGUUGGGGGGAUUAUAUGAUGAGCGACAUAGGUGGAUUCCUGCCUAUGUGAAAGACAUGUUUUGGGCUGGUAUGUCAACCACACAACGAAGUGAGAGUAUGAAUGCAUUUUUUGAUGGAUAUGUCAACUCGAAAACUACUUUAAAGCAAUUUGUUGAGCAGUAUGACAAUGCCUUAAGAAGUAAGGUGGAGAAAGAGGCCAAAGCAGAUUUUAAAUCUCGAAACAAAUUGUAUGAUUGCCUAACGAUGUAUGCUUUUGAGAAGCAAUUUCGUGCAGCAUACACAAACACAAAAUUUAAAGAGGUUCAAGUAGAAAUGAAACGAUUAUUGUAUUGUCAUGCGACUCUUGUGGAAGAGAAAGGAUCAAUUUGUACUUAUCAUGUGAAAGAGGCUAUUCCAGUUGGUGAGCAAAUGAAGAAAGUGGAAUUUGUUGUGUACUGUAAUUCCAUUGAAUGUGACAUCCAAUGUAUGUGUCGGUGGUUUGAAUUUAGGGGCAUCAUGUGUGCCCAUUCACUUAGUGUGCUCCUUGAGAGGUCCACAUAUGAGGUUCCGGAUAAGUACAUUGUGCAGAGGUGGAGAAAAGAUUUGGAAAGAGGGUACACAUGCAUUCCUACCACAUACACUACAUAUGGGGUUGUUCUGAAUGCAAAGGUACAUGAUAACUACCACAAGACAAUGGAUGAAAUUAUAGAAAUUGCUUCCAACGAUGAUGCUAAGCACAAAGUCAUUCAACUUGGGUUAAUAGAAAUCAAGGAUAGAGUGAGACAGGUUGAGGCCGGUUGUGCGAGUAAUUUGCCACCUUCUACUAGUGGUGUCCCACAUUCUACUAGUACUGUCCAACCUUCUAAUACUUCCCCCAAAACUCAGGCCGGUCGUAGUUCUACAAAUGCAAGCAUGACUCACAAGGUGCUUAGUCCUAUGGUUGCUCGCCGAAGAGGUCGUCCAUGUACAAAACGGAAAGUUAGCAAAGUGGAUGAAAUAGUAAAUCGGUUGAAGGGGAAGAAUAAAAGGGCAUCAAAAGUACAGGGUCGUAAGUUGAAUUUUGCUUCUAUGGAUGGAAUGCAAGCGAGUCCGUGUAUUGAUGGCACACAGGAGAGUAUGUACGUACCGGCACAAGGUAGCCCAAUGCAAAUGGUGGAUAAUAUUGGAAGCGGAUCUGUUAGUCAUUCACGAAUGGUCACCAAUAUAAGCAGUCAAAGUGGACCAAUUGGUUCAAAAUUUAUUGAGUUGAAUAUAGAUGUGGAUCCAAAUGCCCCUUUCUAUUUCUAGUUUUUUAGUAGUUAUUGUAAGACUUUGUUUUGUAAACUUUCAAUCAAGUCUCAUAUAGUUUAAAGUGAUUUUGGAUCCAAUCAAGUCUCAUAUGGGGCUG